AUGAAUAUAUCGCCUGAUAUAAAGAAAGACAAUUCAAGUGAUGAUAAUCUUAAGACAUUUUCAGACGCGGAACUGGAGCGCGAAGAAGUGGACGGAUUCGUCGAUAAAUUCAAAAAAUAUCACGAUAUGUUUGGAAAGAGUUGUUUCCGAGAUAUCGGCUGUUUUUCUGCCACCGAAUACGACGAGUCGGCGCGAGAUAUACCACUGUUGCCGAUGUCACCCGACUCUAUCGCACCUUUGUUUCACAUGUAUACCUUAGAGCAGCGGACGAUCCCCAGGAACUAUAGCUAUAACGCCACUGCAGACCAACUCCGGUACAGCACUUUCAACGCCUCCCUUAGAACCGCAUUCAUUGUCCACGGAUUUCAAAGCGGAUAUUCCCUGUGGUUAGAGAAUAUGAAAGAUUACAUAUUUUAUAAAAGUAAUGAUCAAUUCAAUGUUGUGGUCGUUAUUUGGGAAAAAGGAGCAAGAACACCACUUUAUAAUUUGGCCGCUAGUAAUACCCGAGUUGUUGGAGCACUCAUUGGUUUCUUUAUCAACAGUUUAUGCAAAACAUUUAACAUAACAAAUAAUAGGUUUUGGUUAAUCGGACACAGUUUGGGCGCACAUGUGAUGGGUUUUGCCGGCAAACGACUGAAUAAUCCUCAAGUGGCCCGCAUUACAGCCCUCGAUCCGGCCGGGGUCGCUUUUCACUCCAAGAACACAGCUUUACGUUUAGACCAUUCGGACGCACAGAUAGUGGAUGUGAUCCAUACGGACGCACCCGUCUCUUAUACGGAGGGAUUUGGGACGAGCGAUACUUUGGGUCACUUCGACUUCUAUCCCAACGGAGGCAGUUGGCAACCGGGAUGUGCUGCAUCUGAUAUAACCAGUAGAUUGAGUACAAUUACAUCGGGCGACGACAUUAGUUGUUCGCGCUCCAGGGCUUGGUCAAUAAUGAAUAACCUUGAAAAACCUGAAGACGAAUGCAGUGCUGUUGGCUAUCAGUGCGAAAAUUAUGGUGCAUUUCUAGAGGGUCGGUGCGCUAAUUGUGCUGACAAUAAAUGCCAACCAAUGGGUCUAAACCCCGAUUAUUGGACCGACAAGAAAAUGGAUGAGCGGACAGUUGACAGUCAAUACUAUUACAUCACUACCAAAUGGGGUUUCAUAUCUCAAACACUUCUGAUUCAACAACAGUUAUACAUGUAUUGUGUUAUGAAUAGCAUUAGAGACGCGUCUUCGGCCGUGUUUUGUCCAAAAGAUGGUUCGGAGACCCGAAUAGUGGCCGAUAAACAGAAAGUCCAUUAUAUCGCUUGUAAUCCAGUUUUGAAGCAUAAAUGUCGUGAUCUGUUGACCGAAGAACUAAAGCCAUUGACAUUCAAAGAGGACAUCCAUUCUGUAGAUUAUAUGAGACAAUAUUCUUCUAUGAGAAUAAAUACAAUUAAAUUCAAUAUCAAAAUGAAAUUGAAUUUAAUUGUUUUGGUCGUUGCGGUGAUUGAAGUGCACAGCGUGUGCACUGACGAUAUGUUAGGCAAAACUUGUUACCGAGAUAUCGGCUGUUUUUCUCCCACUGAAUACAACGAGUCGGCCGGUGCUUUGCCACUGUUGCCGAUGUCACCCGACUUUAUAGCACCGGUGUUUCAUAUUUGUUUCCGAGAUAUCGGUUGUUUUUCUUCAGACGAUAACAACGGGGCGGCGUUGCCACUGUUGCCGAUGUCACCCGACUCUAUGGCACCGGUGUUUCAUAUGUACACUCAGGAGCACCGGACGAUCCCCAGGAACUAUAGCUAUAACGCCACUGCAGACCAACUCCGGUACAGCACUUUCAACGCCUCCCUUAGAACCGCAUUCAUUGUCCACGGAUUUCGAAGCGGAUAUUCCCUGUGGUUAGAG